ACGUGCGGCAACUUGAUAAUCACGUGACACAACACGUGAAUGCACAUUAGUCACGCCCCGUUUCUACGGGGCAAUGGUGAGAUAUGCAGUCAGAAGACCAGCUGUAACUAACAGUGCCAUUCUUCUCAGUCUUGCAACAACAAUAUUCACAAGCUGCAGCAUUCCUCUGACAGAUAAUUCCCAAAACCAAUUCGAAUGCUCUGAGGGCUCGCAUCUACAUGCAGGACACUGUUACAGAUAUUUUGCUCGUCAAUGGCAACGACAGUUUUUCAGUGCUGACCAAUUGUGUCGUAAACUGCAUGGCCAUCUAGCAAGCAUACACAAUGCAGAGGAACUAGUGUUUAUCAACAGCAUUGUAGACAGAAACGAGAGCUACUGGAUAGGACUGAGUGAUGCAGAUAGCAUGGUCACUGACUGCAGAGAAGGACUUUUCUGCUGGACAGAUGGUACCAUCUUUCAUGCAGACACUGCAUAUCAUGUGUGGGGAGAAAAUGAGCCGAGAAAUACUAAGCACAGAGACUGUGUUGUUGGACAUCAACAGUAUGGAUGGUCAAUGGCAGUGUCAGGGUGUGCACUAACAGUUGCUCCGUUUGUCUGUAAGAGACAAGCUUGUGUCCAAGGAUUCUACUGGAAUGAUGGUCAAUGUCUAUCGUUACUACAACAGGAUUAUGGAAGAACAGAUCUUAUGCAACUGUUUAUGUUGGCACUGUGUAUUAGUCUGUUGGUUGCAAGUUCAGUGACAGCAUGCAAACUGCUAGGUUCCACAAGUACGUAUACAUAUGUAGAAAAGAAAAUGAGCUGUUAG